CGUUGCGUAAAACCAACUACUUACUACAUGUAGAAUGGGUUUAGGUGAUAUGUUCCACGAUUUUUUCUUUGGUUCAAAUAAACGCCGUCCUGGUCCAAUUGAAGACGGUGAUCAACUCUUCAAACAUGGCCAGCAGAUUCCUGGGAAUAGAAGAGGUAGAGAUGAGUUUGAAGAUUUUAACAGUAUCUUUACUGAAAGUUUUGGUGACAUGGAAAAACACAUGGAAAUGAUGCAAAGAGAAAUGGAGACUAUAUUUCGCAGAUUUGGAGCAAUGGACAUACCAUUUGAUAGUUUUCCUGAGAGAGAUCCAAGUAGAAGAGAGGAUAACCCUAGAGACUCCAUGCUGAAAGAGGCAGAUUCUCCACCAGAAAGUCGGACCUCUCCUCCACUUCCUCAGCCCUGGGGACAUCGUCACUUUUUUGAUGACUUUUUUCGAAAGUUUGACGCACAAGAACCAGGAAUCAAGGAGGAUAAAGACUUAGAUAAAGAAGCAAAAGAUAUUGACAUUGCCCAAGUAUUUACUGAUCCAAAAUCUGGAAUAGUGCCAUCAGCUCCACAGAGAGGGGGGAUAUUCAGCAGUGGGAGUAGCAUCUCGGUGACCACUAUUAGGGGUGCUGAUGGGAGAGUUGAACAAAAGAGGACAGUUAGAGACUCAUCAGGGCGGGAGGAGACAACUGUCACACGCACGGUAGGGGACCAAACCCAUACAGUAAUAACCAAAGUAGACCCCUCAGGAACCCCUGAAACAACUGAAACCUUCACAAAUAUUGAUGAGGGAAAUAAGAAAGAUUUUAAUGAUAAGUGGGACAAUUCUGCACGAAAUCCUAGUCAGCCUAUGUUAUUACCAGACAAUCCACAGAAAAAGCCAGGACAACCUGAUGACAGAUCCUUCUACGACAGAUUGUUUGAAAUGAGACUCUUUGGACCAAAAGAUGAUAAAUAGCAUCCUCCUGUACAUUGUAAAUAAGGGCUUUAAUUUUACUGUUAAUAUUUCGUAAUGUACAGAUUUAGAAGUCUACAUUGUCUUUCAGUUUAUGGUGUAGGAAAAUAAAGAGUUUGACUGUGUUGAGUUAUUUUUGUCUGUAGGGAUUCAUUGUUAGACAAAAUAUUUUAGAAAAACCAGAAAGUACUACCACAUCCAAGGGAAAAAUAAAUAUUGUCAAAUGUCUUAUGUUACAAAGUUUAUUUAAUGCCAUUUCUUUUUGGGGAAAUUUUAAUAUUAACAUGAACCUUAAACAUAUAUACACAUUGACUCAACCAUAAGUUUUGUCAGUAUAAUUAAUGAC